UAUGCCGCCAUUGCCAUUUAGCCACGACAUCGCGCGCACACAAGAGCCGAGCAAAGGGAGCGUAAACCACCACGAGCACAACAAUGAGAUCCCUGGUCUCGGUGUCCGCGGCCGCGCUGGUCCUGGCCGCCGUCCUCGCCGCCGCGCCGCGGCUCGCGGGGGGCACGGACGAGUGCGGCGCCACCCCCCCGGAGCAGGAGGCCCUGAAGCUGAUGCCGUGCAUAGCGGCGGGGAAGGACCCGGACUCCCAGCCCUCGGACCGCUGCUGCGCGGCGGUGCAGGAGAUCGGGGAGAGCAGCCCCGCGUGCCUCUGCGCGGUGCUGCUCUCCAAGAUCGUGCGCCGGGUCGGGGUCAAGCCGGAGGUGGCCAUCACCAUCCCCAAGCGCUGCGACCUGGCCGACCGCCCCAUCGGCUACAAGUGCGGCGACUACACCAUGCCCAGCCUGCAGCUGAAGGACUGAUCGACGGUUUACCAGCACCAAAGCGGUUAAAUAAGGCUAGUAAGUUCGUGUCUCCGUAUGCAGACACCAGUACAUUGUAUGGAGUGUUCAAAAAAGACCAUAGAUUCUUUUCUUUUUGUGGGAUUAAAUAAGGCUGAUGAUUCUGUGUGUAUACAAAUUCCUAUAAUCCCAAUGGUAACGUGCGGGUAUCCGCUAGCAAAGGUAGAAGCUGAAACACUGUCACGCUGAUCAAGGCUUACUCCUGUGUAUGAAAUCAUUCGACAAAUUUGAAUAAGGAAAUAUAUUAUACUA